AUGUUCUACUCCGAGACCUUGCUGUCCAAAACUGGACCUUUGGCGAGAGUGUGGUUGGCUGCCAACAUCGAACGAAAGCUCAACAAGAAGGAUGUUUUGAGCGCCGGGAUUGAGCGAAGCGUCGACGCGAUCGUAGACCAAGGCCAGGCUCCUAUGGCCCUUCGACUGAGCGGUCAGUUAUUACUUGGCGUGGUUCGGAUAUACAGCCGGAAAACCAAUUACCUUUUCGAUGACUGCAAUGAGGCCAUUACCAAAAUCAAGAUGGCAUUCAAACCAGGAAAUGUCGACCUCCCGGUCGAUCAAUCUCACGCCGUCAAUCCGGCCACCCUGACAUUACCAGAUGUCAUCACAGAAUUAGAUCUCCUCGCUCCUAUGCCAGAUCCAGAUCUCCUUUUUGCUGACCCCCUCCCAACAAUAACUGGAGCACAGCGCGAUCCGACACUACUAGAUUGGGGCGCGAGCCAAGUGCUCACCGAAAGUUUGGACCGAUCGCAAAUGGCUUUGGAACCUCUACCCCUCGACGACGACGGACUUAUUCUGGAUAUUGGGGAUGGUCCGGAUGAUACCGCUUUCAGCAUUGAACGGGGUCGACGGGCUGCUCCCGAGCGUGACCUUUCGGACGAGUUUGGUGACAACGACGCACCAAGACUGUACGACGACGACCUUGAUUUGGAUAUUGGAGACGGACCUUCGAAACUGGGCGGCGAUAUGUCAUUGCUUCCUGGCGAUGACGGCGAUAUUGCAAUGGGCGGCCUGGACGAUGUUCCGAUGCAAUUGCCAUCCGACGAUGCUACACAUAUGACCCUGCCCGGCCACCGUCGAGAUUCUCACUCUCCGCUUUCUUCCAUUGGAGCAUCCAUGGAACGCGAACUCGAGGCCUCGUUCAGACCGUUUGACGAUGCCACCCGCCUCUCCUUCGACCCGGACGAAACUGCGCUUUUCGCCCCGAAUCGCGCGAAGAAGCGACGCGUGUUGCCUGCCGAUGCCACCACUGAGCUUUCAAGCAAAUAUAUCAAGGAGCUACAAAAUGAUCGCACCCGGAUCCUGAAACCCGCGUCAUUCCUGCCACGCGAUCCGUAUCUUCUAGCGCUCAUGCAGAUGCAGCAGCAAGGCGCGUUUGUGUCCACCGUGCUUGGCGAUGGUCGGAUGAAGGGUUGGGCGCCGGAACUCCGCGAUCUUUUCUCCGCCGAUGCGAUCCGCAAAAGUGGUGACCUGAAGCGGAAGCGGGAUUCCGGCGUCGCCGAUCUGGAAGACAUGCCGCAGCUUGAAAUUCCUUCGGAAGGUAACGAAGACCCAUUUGGGCUGGAGCAUGCCGACCCGACCCUUCGUCUUGACUCGGAUGGUGUGCGACCGUACGACGAGGAGGAUCAAGGCCUGGCAGCAUUCGGCGGUCAAGAAGACACGUUCGAUGACACCACCAUGCCCAUUCUCCACCCGGCCGAUGCCGGCCCUCUCGCCUUGAGCACGACCCACGCCGUCCAUCUCCUACGCGACCGCUUCGGAUCCUACGACCAAUCCGCCUCCCCCUCCAGCCAGAAGAAGCAAUCCAUCCUCUUCAACGAGCUGGCCCCCGAAAACCGCGCCACUGCCGCAGAGGCCACGAAGAUGUUCUUCGAGGUGCUGGUCCUGGCGACGAAAGAUGCGAUCAAGGUCGAGCAGGUCCACGAUGUGCUCGACGGUCCCAUUCGCAUCCGUAGUAAGCGCGGGCUGUGGGGCGACUGGGCGGAGAAGGGCGCGGGUGGGGAGAUGGACGCGCAGGGCCAGCAGGAGGGCGAGGCGGUCGCGUGA